AUGGCUCAGACGCGCCGCACCCGCGCACGCUCUCCCGCUGCUCCGCUGGACCCGCCUGCUCCUGCUCCCAACGAGCCCACCGAAGCAGAUCCUUCCCCUCCCUCGACGUCAUCCAUACCUCAAACACCCGCUUCCUCCUCACCAGCAAAGCCAAAGCGCAAGCGACCUGUCGAACCGAACUAUGCAAAGCUCGAGGAGAAGGCUGCGCGUGCGAAGCGGGCCAAAUUCGCGGCUGUCGAGGUGGGAGGAAGUGGGGCGAACGGGAGUACGAUGGGCAGCGCGGAGGGAGCUGCGGAGCGGAUGAGGCUCGUAGGGAAGACGGUCAAGCUGCAGGAAGGCCAGAGCGACUACACGAUCACCGCGCCGCUUCCCUGGCGAGAUCCGCAAACUCGCGACUUCCACUUUGACGAUUACGACGAGUUCAAGCCGAACAUGAGCCCGGAAGAGAUCAUUCGCAACGGCGCUUUCGACGGAGGUUUCUUCCGGCCGGUGAAGAGCAAGAAGUCUGGAAGGGAGAUUCACGAGGACUGGACAGACUUUCCGACGGAAUGGUACGAAGGCCUCGACGUCUCGAUGUACUUGACGCGACCCGAAGGUGCCGAAGACUCGGUGAACAAGUGGCAAGCGCGGAUUGGACAGCCGUACGAGGCGUGGGAAGAGCAAGGCUGGUUGCGGCCCGAACACGACGCCCGCGGCUGGUACCAAUGGUACUAUCGCUUCUUUCUCGGUCGACGAUGCGACGACGACGCGCGCCAAGUCCAGCGCUGGAAAGGCGUCGCCGGUCCGACAGGUCGUUUCAAACGCAUGUUCCUCGGCAAGUACCGCCGCGAUGGGAUUCACUUUAUUGAGCCAGACGAGGAGGACACGUCGCGCGGGAUCAGGCAGACGCUGAAUCAUUGGGCGUACGAUCCGACGACGAGCGACCUGAAUCGGUUCAGGGAGGAGCAGGGAGACAAGGUUGCGAACGAUGAUGCGGACGUGUGA